CAAUAUCAGUUCCAAAAUUUACAAUUUGCAAACCUAAUUGAAACACAGCUGAUCGCAGAGGACGUCUUGACAGAGAAGCAGAGGACUUCCCGUCGCUUCCUGCCGCUGCCACUGCCUCUUUUCUUCCCAGUCUAUUGCACCUGCUGCCUCUUCCGGGUAGUAUUGCAACUACUCUUUCUUUCAUUUUUUUUUGUCUCAUAUCACUGUUAAGCCAAAAAGAAGAAAGCUUUCGAUUCAAUCCGUCCUAGCUCUUGUCUAAGGAUUCGAAGCUGGCAAAGUAGUAGAAGUCGUCUCAGGCUUGUGGUAACUCUCUUCAUUUGGUGGUGCUCCACCGGGCAGUCCCCUGAGUUCGGCCACAGACAAAUAAUGACCACUGCCUUGUGUCAUUAUUUUCUUUCUGCUACUUUUGCAUCAUGUUUUAAGUGCCACAGACAACCUGUAAACUAGUACCUAUGUAACCUUGGAAGAGAAAUCCUAAGCAUUACAGUGAGUUUUAGCUUCAAAUACUCUGUCAAAUAAAAGGAUAUGAAGCUCAAGUUUCCAGCUAGACUUUUUGGCAGUUGGCUAUGCGACUUAAUGCUUUACCAUUUUCUGUAUGGCUCACUUAAUUGAAUAAUUAUCUGUAGUGUUUUUUUGUUUUUAUUGAUCCGGGUCAACCUAUCUGACCCGUGACUCAAUCACUUGACCGAGUCAAUGAUCGGGUCGAGUUUCAAAACUAUGCCAUGAUUGAUGAGCUUGGUCUGCGUUGGUUUUUUUAUAUUUUUUUAAUUGAUUCUCUUUUAAAUUUCAUCUUUCGAUGCUGAAUUUGUUCAGGAUUUGACUUUGAAUUUUUUUUUAUUUGAUUUUUAUUUGCUUAUCUUAGUGUUAUAAUUUAUAUAAGUGACAUGCUAGGUCAGGUUAAUUCAGGUUUUUUUUUUUGUGUUCAAUAUUUAACUGAGUAGAAUCUUAACUUCAUCGCUAUUUUUUAAUUGUUUUUUUUUUGUCACAUGUUCCUGUUAUUCUUCUUCUAAGUUGAUUCAUAGAUCAACCUUUUUUUUAUAGGUGAAGUCUUUGCCCUUAGUUGUAUUUUUUAAAAGCAUACUUGAGUUAACUAGACAUUUUUUUCUGCUUACAUAAAAAAAAAUGUUUUGGCCGUUUGCAUAGCCCAGACCUUUAAAUCUAGUUAAAUACUAAAAGCCAAUAUCUACCAAAAAAAAUUAUUAAAAUAAAAAAAAUCUAUAAUAAUCAUUGAAAGGACUCACAAAUACGUCGUCUCUCUCAGUUAUCCUCGUCUCUUUUGAUGAUUCUUCCAUAAUUCAGCAAUAAAUUCGUAACACUCUAUUUGUAUAGUUAUAUAGAUGCAUAUUUGAUUGCAUGAUUAUGUUGUUUGUUCAUUGUUAUCUUAAGUUUUUACUCUAAUUUUAGCAAUUAAACUAAUUAACUUAUAUGAAGCCCAUCUAAUUACAUUAACCAACCCCCAGCCCCAUAGCAUGUCAUCCUUCAGUAAUUGGCAAAAGAGAAACAAAGAAAAGGCACAAUUUCUUCAUCUAUAAUGCCGAGAGAGACGAGUCCAGGCUUGAAGAUCCUCUGGUUAUGGACCAUCGGCACCGCCGGCAUUUUGGUUACAAGUGUGGUAAGGACCAGGCUAAAAGACAUGGAGCAGAUGAUGAACACUGACCAGCAGCAGCAGCAGCAGGAAGAGCAUCAAAGCAGUCUAAGUGAUCCUGUCUUAUUGGAUUCUGACGAGGGAGUCAUUGAAGAAGUGAAAUCGUAGGCUUAGCAGCUAGUAAACUAGUGUCAGCUAUGUGUUUGUUUAAUGUCUCGAAAGAAUACGGGAGCCCAGUACUUUUGUUGUCUAUUUGUUGAAUUUGACUGACUAUAAUUGAGACCAAAUAAUUAGGCGGGACUCUCCAAUGUGUUUGCUGAAUGUUUUGAAAUGGAAUAUCCUCUUGCUAGCGAAA